UUUUCUCUCCAUACACGCUACAUAGCUUCUCCUUCAAUAUAAUCCACUCAUUAUAUUUACACCACCCAAGAACACUAAUCAUACUUCAUAUAUCAAGAUGGCAUCAUCAGUCUGCGUACCAAACUAUGAUCAUCGGAACGGUAGAUGGCAGACGGCGGCGGCGGCGGGGAUGGGUGGAGUGCGCGGCGGCGGGAGGUGGCAGCCGCCUAUGGUGGUGGACAGCGUGUCGUGCAGGCAGUUGUACCUUAGGAGCGCUUACACGUUCUCGAAGAAAGAAAGCGUGCCGGAGAAAACAAAGAAGUGCUUCGGAAUGGUGAGGAAAACGGUGGCUGCUGCGGCAGCCGCCGGGAAAAAGAGCUCGAAAUCUGCGGUGAUGGGGUCUCGCCGGAAAAGGAGAUUUCCGGUUGUCUCUACACUCUUUCAGAGGGUGUUGACUUGCAGCGCCGGUGUAGAGGUCGUGGAUCACAUGCACUAGUGAAGGCCUUUGGCAUUUUCUUAUGAGUUAAUAUCUUAUUUGGUCCUCAAUAAGACUUCAAUAAUUUGAUUUUCGACUUUCAACUUGUUUAAUUUUAUUUUAACUAUGCAAUUGUUAAUUAAAAUGAUCCUAUUUUGUUUGAA